AUGGGCCUUCUCACACUCCUUCGCAAGCUCAAGAGGAGCGAAGCAGAGCCGCGGAUCUUGAUUCUGGGUCUCGAUAAUGCUGGCAAGACGUCCAUUCUCCGCAAGCUGUCCGACGAGGAUCCCACCACCACUCAGGCGACGCAGGGAUUUAACAUCAAGUCUAUCAACUGCGAGGGCUUUAAGAUGAACAUGUGGGAUAUUGGUGGUCAAAAGGCGAUCCGCGCGUACUGGCCGAACUACUACGACGAGGUGGAUUGCCUGAUUUACGUCGUCGAUGCUGCCGAUCGGCGCCGCCUAGAGGAGACGGCAUCUGAACUCGAUGGCCUCCUGCAGGAAGAAAAGCUCCGAGAGGCCCCUGUGCUUAUUUUCUCCAACAAGUGCGACCUUGCAACUGCGCUGUCACCAGAGGAUGUGAGCACAUCACUCAAUUUGCACAGCUUGCGCGACCGCACGUGGUCUAUCCAGAAGUGCAGCGCGAAAACUGGCACAGGCCUGCAUGAAGGGCUAGAGUGGGCGGUGAAGAACAUUAAGUCCAAGUGA